AUGAAACAAAAAUACCAAGACGAACUGAAGAGCGUUAGAACCGAACUUGAUCAAGAAAAGAAAGAACAUGCUAAGACCCAAUUGAUUAAAAAAAGUACGAGAAGGAUAUCGCUGAAAUCACAGUCAGAGCUGAAAGACUUGAGAAGAACGUCCAGAUGGCUGGACAAGGUCAAGACUAUGAGAGAUUAUAAAACUGCUUCUGAAGAAUUGAUGAGAACAAAGACAGAACUCGACGAGAAACAAGACAAAUGUGACAAACUUGAAGAUGAAGUGUCUGAGAUGAAGACUGAAUUGGAAGCCCUUGAACAAGCUGCUAAGACUUAUAAACAGUCAAAUAAAAUGCAAGAGAAGGAAUUGACUGAACUGAAUGAACAACUUGAUCUCGAAAGAAUAACUGCCCAACAGGCUAAAGCACAGAAGAAGAAAUAG